CUCAAAUUUCCUAACUAGAUCAGAUCUGAAUCUCUCUAAUCCACUCAUUGCCUUUUUGGGAAAUAUGUCAACUUUCUUGAUAAGGAUACUUCUUGCUUCGCUUGUGAUAGCAAUGACAAUUCCUCAACAGUCAGAGGCAGAGUCGGAACAAUGGUGCAUUGCGGAUGAGCAAACGCCAGACGAUGAGUUGCAGGCAGCCUUAGACUGGGCUUGCUCAAAAGGCGGAGCAGACUGCAGCCAAAUGCAGCAGCAAAACCAGCCUUGCUUCUUGCCCAACACAAUCAGGGAUCAUGCCUCCUUUGCCUUCAACAGUUAUUACCAAACUUAUAAGCACAAAGGUGGUUCUUGUUACUUCAAAGGUGCUGCCAUGAUCACUGAGCUUGACCCCAGUCAUGGUUCUUGCCGCUAUGAGUAUAACCCAUGAUUCAAAUGAGACAAAAAAGAGGAGAUGCAACAAGAUAUGAAAGGCUA